CGCAAGCCACUCACAAACUCCCUCUCUCUCCCGGCCCAUAACUCUCCUGAGUUCUCUUCCGUCAAUCUUUCUAAUCUUUAACACUUUCAGGAAUUAAUUAGUGAAAUCUAUGGCGGGCCGUGGAAAAACUCUAGGUUCCGGAGCUGCGAAGAAGGCCCAGUCGAGGAGCAGCAAGGCCGGGCUUCAGUUUCCCGUUGGUCGUAUCGCCCGGUUCCUUAAGGCCGGAAAAUAUGCCGAGCGUGUUGGUGCCGGAGCUCCCGUCUACCUCGCUGCCGUGCUUGAGUACCUUGCUGCUGAGGUGCUUGAGUUGGCUGGAAACGCAGCAAGGGACAACAAGAAGACCAGAAUUGUGCCAAGGCAUAUUCAGUUGGCUGUGAGGAACGAUGAGGAGUUGAGCAAGCUUCUUGGGGAUGUGACCAUUGCUAAUGGUGGAGUGAUGCCAAACAUUCACAACCUUUUGCUUCCAAAGAAGACUGGAACCUCCUCCAAGCCGGCAGAGGAUGACUAGAUGAUGAACAGAAAAAGAUAGUAGCUGGAGACUUAGCUUUGAUCAAUUUGAAAUCAAAUUAGCUGUGUUGUCUUUUAGGGUUUAUAAGUAUGAGGGUAUUGAGGGUCAGAUCAACGUAGUGGUGCUUUAAUUGUUGUUGUUUUUUUUUGGGUAUUUUUUUGAAUUUUUAGUGAUAGGUGUUUUUAGGUUUGAUGUUAGUUCUAUGUGAAUAUAAAUGGACGAAUGGAUCAAUGAAUCUGAACUGGUUCUGCUAUCGUUCUAACAGUUGUGAAAUGCUGAUAUUUAUGAGAGAGAUUGAUUCAAUGAGGCUUCUGCUAUCUUGGUACUGAAUUCUACGCAAUUUAGUUACCGAUGUUGUUCGGUAAUGGUUUCCUUA